AUGGCUGAUCCAGUUCCUCUCACAGAAACAGCAACCAGGCUUGAAAUGCCUGCCUUCAACCCAAACGUUCAGACGUGGUUCCUACAGUUGGACGCAAUAUUUCAGGCCAGACACGUAACUUCGCAACAGUCAAAAUUUGCGUCCGUGGUAGAGAAGUUACCCGCGGAGGUAGCGGCUGAAGUAGCCGACAUAUUAACCUCUCUACCAACAGACAAGCCGUACGAGACCCUCAAACAAGAAAUCCUGCAUCGGACCGGAUUUUCGGAAGAAAGAAAAAUAAGAGAUCUCUUAACAAAUGUAACAAUCGAAGAUUCGAAACCGUCCCAAUUACUACGACGCAUGCAACAACUGUUGGGCGACAACAACAUAUCAGCCACAGUAUUUCGCCAAAUGUGGCUGGACAAAUUACCAUCAGACAUGGUACGAAUCUUGGCUGCAUUAACAGACGACGUUGACAUACAAAAAUUGGCAAUGAUAGCAGACAAAAUAGCCGAUACUGCCCCGGUACGACAAAUUUCCUCAACAGGGACCGUGGUUGGCCUUGUGCCAGAUGUCAACCAACAAAUUCAAAAAUUGUCCUCAGAACUAAAAAGAAUAUCUCUACAACUGCAAGAAUUACAAAAACCACAUGAAAGUCGACGUGAUAAUUUUACGCGACACAGAAACCGUGGUUCAAGAUCGACGUCUCGCCAUAAAUACCAACAACGCCGUGAUCGUUACCAACAUGCCAAUUGCUGGUACCACGAAAAUUUUGGCGCGCGCGCGAAGAAAUGCCGACCACCAUGUUCGUAUGAAAAAGUUACUUCCAAACAAACAAGCGGGAAACGGACUCGCUGGCACCCAGUAGAGACGUUGGAUGCCAGAUAUUUAAAAACUAAUCGUCUCUUUUAUAUCCACGACAGAGCGACAAUGCGUGUAUUUCGUUGA